AUGCGCUCGGGUGUCUCACUCUCCACCGUUCUCACUCAAGCCCUCCAUACAAACGACAACAACCUUCUCGAAUCAUGUUUCCACAAUACCGACACCCAAAUCAUCCGAUCCACCGUGCAACGCUUAGACUCGAAAUUGGCGGGGAUCCUGAUACAGAAGCUCGCGGAGCGCCUAUCGGGUCGACCGGGACGAUAUGGGCAUCUUCUGGUGUGGGUACAAUGGAUCUGCGUCGCGCAUGGGGGCGCCAUUGGUGGUCAACCUGAUGUUAUAAAUAAGAUCAAAACUCUGUAUGGGGUACUCAAUCAGCGGUCGAAAACGCUGGACUCUUUACUGCUGCUUAAGGGGAAGCUGGACAUGCUAGAUGCGCAAUUGGGGUUGAGGAAACAGCUGUUAAGCGAAGGAGGUCCAGUCAGGAAUCCGGACGAGGGCCAUGUCAUUUACAUCGAGGGUGAAGAGGAGGGCAGCAACAGCGACGAGGAGGAGGAUGUCGUCAAUGGUGAUACUAGGGCUGCUUUAACCGCGGAAAGUGGAGCAAGGAAGAAGAACCUCCAUGAAUUGAUACCAGUGGACGAGGAGGGGUCCGAAGAUGACGAAGACAUGCCCAUGACCAACGGGAUCGUCGCUGAGUACGAUGGCUCAGAACUCGAUUCCGAGGACGAGGAUGAAGAAGCUCCCAUCCUGCAACGCAAAGGAGGUAUAGUGGACGACGAAGCUGAAGAAAGUGACGAGGACAGCCAUCCAAGUGAUCGGGAAGAUGACACGUCGGAAGAGGAAGACGUAAGUGAAGCUGGUGAAGAGGACUCGGAAAUGGACGAUUUCAUCGACGAUGGCCCGAUCGCGGAAGAUGAUCAGGAGUCGGCCUCUGAAAUAUCAAUAGAUAAGACGCCGGAAAAGCCGCCAGUCAAGGUACAGAGGCAGCAUCGAUGA